UCCAACUCAGAGUCAGCCGCGCAACAUCAUGAGAUAUUGAAAUUUAGCUCGCGUCAUUUGGCGAACGACCAACGCCUCACCAUACUUCGUAGUAGUUCUGAAUUUGAUUAUUGUAGUUUGCAUAGCUAUUGCUACUCGGAUUGUUUUUCUACUCGUAGUUCUUCCAGCAAAAUCAAAAAAGCGGCUGCGUACGAAGGUUUAUCCAAGAAGCAUCCAUUCCCAUGAUCAAAAACAGGCAGCCAGGCUUCUGACGCAUCUUUUUUUGGAUCUUUUGUACGUCCCACAAGCCUACCUCUGCGUUGAUACUGCGACUCCUAUUUUAAUUGAGUUGUCAAGUCUUCAAAACUCCUUGACCAUCUUCUCUUCACACCACUCCUUUCAUUGAUUGUCCGCGUAUCGCCAAAUAACAGAAGUACAUGGCCAAGAAAGAGGCACCCAGGCCGUUUUGCUGCGUAGGGUGCCGACGCUGCGCACAAAAGGGAAAAGGGAAACGACGUAAUUCAAACGCAGAAUUGGCAACAGUUGGGUCGUAUUCACGAACGUCAGCAGGUUGCUAGGAAAAGCGGAUUUUAGCGGUUUGUACUACAUUGAGGAGUCUUUGGAGGACGGAACCUGAACCUUGCCAGGCGCCGCGUACUACGAUUGCCGACGACAAGUGAACUGAAGCAGCUGUAACAUUGUUGGCGCACAUUCGAGACUCCUGCUUUUGUUCGGAAAAAAAGGCAGUAAGAAGAGCGAAGCAAGAACAGCGUGUACAUAAUCGGCGACAAACUGGACUACGUCGACACUGCUCUCUCCUGAAGUUCUUGCAGCAUGGAGAUUUUUAGCGUUUGCAAUAGACCGUAGACCGGACAAGGACCAGAAGCCGGACGCGGCCCGGUACUGGAAAAGGACCAGAAGCCGGAAAGGACUUCUUGUUCGUUGACCUGGAACACGACCUCCACACACCGGAAAAAAUGGGGAUCGAGCUGCGAGGUGCAGGAAAAGGCAAAUCCAAAAUAUGGUGCAUCUGCGAGCCAGCUGGGACGAUCUGCGUCAUCCUCGCAUACUCAAUCAUCAUAUCGUGCUCCUACGUCACCUCCGUCAAGGUACCUGCACUACUCGUGGUUCUGCAGUUUCGACAUUCCUUCGCAGUGUCGACGCUCCUUUGCGUUGUCACCGUUGUUUUUUUGGUGCAAUUGCAGAGAUAUAUAUUCUUCAGAACUUUAACAAGAUAAAUUCAAAUUGUUUUUAAUUUUCUCUCUGGUUUCCCUGUUUUAUUGUUUUCUAAGGUCCUCUUCUUUUUUCAAUUAUGCAGGUGAUCGGCACGUACUCAACACUCCCGUUCUACGGUGUCCGAGUUCCGAUGCAGGUAAUUUACCUUGGCGUAGUGGGCAUGGCCGUUUGGGCUCACCUAGCUUGUAUGUUGACGGACCCAGGUGCGGUGCCGUUAGUAGCGGAUGAUCCUGAGGGAGGCAGAGCAUUGGACGAUUUUUGCACGAAAUCAGCAGUAGACGUAGGUUUUGACCUAGAGGGUGGACCAGUGAAAAUGUGCAGAAAGUGCCAACAAAGAAAGCCAAACCGAGCACAUCAUUGCUCCGUACAACUACUGUCUCUAGGCUGUCUUUUAAAGACUUUCCUCUUCCUCUACAAACACUUUUUACUUGCACACACUUGUUUUCACUUGCACACACUUGUUUUCACUUGCACACACUUUUUACUUGCACACAGAGCAAAAAAUGAUGUUAUUUCAGGAGCAGUAUUUGAUUUCUACCUUGCAAAAACGCCAGAUAUGCAAGCGUUGCAUCAUGAAAAUGGAUCAUCAUUGUCCGUGGGUGAACAACUGCGUGGGCCAAUACAACCAGAAACACUUUUUACUGUUUCUCAUGUACAUUUUCCUCAUGAGCAGCAUGUCUUUGGGCAUCAUCGGCGUCCGGACCUACGACUGUAUCAGCUACAGCGGUCGGAUGUUCGAAAACUGGUCUACUUCCGCUUCUACAAGUGUAGGAGUGAGUCCUUCGUCUACAAGUGUAGGAGUCGUGAGUCCUAGUGCAGCAGAAGGAGGUGGUGGGAGUGGGGAAAGUAAGUCCUUCGCGCAGAUGCGGAGAGACAUGCCGGCUGCGCCAUACGAGGUCCCUGAUGAGGGAGAGCAGUAUUACGGCAGUGAGGGUGGUAUUUCUAGCGAGCCAUUAGGGUUUACACAAGUGUUGUCGUCCUCUGCUCCGACGUCCGCCUCCUCAGUUCAGAACCAACAGAAUGCCAACAAGAUGAGAAGAAGACGACUAACUGAAGCGGAGGACGCACAGGAAGUAGAGGAUUAUCGCGACCAAAGUAAAAGUACGAGUGCCAACGUACUAGAAGUCGAGCAGACUUCGGAGCAGUCCUCUUUGUUUGGAUCGUUGUUUCCAAACAUGUUCGCCAUGGCUGCGCCCCUGUCGUUCACGCAGACCGAAUCCUCGAAGUCUUCAUCCUCGUUGGAAAAGUACAAUAGAGACCAAGUCCUGAACAACGUAGACGAGGGUGUAGAAGGUCCUCGUGGCGUGACGAGCGACCACAGAAGUGCUACACCAGGUGACAACGACGUGAACCGAGGAACUACGAGGUCUUGGCAAAUGAACGCCAGUCCUAGUGCAUUGCCGCAGACGCAAGGAACACAACAACACCUGUCACAAACAGCAACUGUUCCAGCAGGCGGCAGCUUGCAUAGUGCAUCAAGGAUGCUCACCACAGGCCUCGAGGACGCUUUGCAGACGGUCGCUUCGGGACUGAAUAAGCACCGACGCAACAUGCGAAAGCGGAGAGGCUACGGAAAUUCAGCAGAGGACGAUGAAUUGUGCGAGCCUAACGAGUGGACCUUGGUUGGCGGAAUCCUUGUGCUUUUCAUGGGAGCCACAUUCGCACUCUUCACGUGCGCCAUGAGCUGCGAUCAAGUAUCCGCGAUAACCAGCGACCAAACCCUUAUCGAGAAAUUGCAGGUACUUGUUGUGCUUGUUCGAUAAUUGUAGAGGUUGUGAAUGCGCCUCCUGUCAGAGGUACUUCGUAGUUGUGUCCUUGGAGACGUGCGCUCUCUUUUUCGAUAAAGGGGGCCUCCCACUUACUGGAUUAAAAGUUUUUUGAACAGCAAUUAUUGUUAGAACAGUCAUAGUAUACACAACAUUCAGGCUAAGCGUCAAGAGAAGGAGGUGCGGGAGGAGGCGGCUCGAAAAGAGUCGAUAUCUUCUUCCUCCCGAGACGAGGGUCAGUCGUCGCACGCCACAGCUGCCGGGAGCAUGAAGGGGGGUCUCGAUGCCGCUUCAGGCGGGUUCGCGCAGGCCACGAACGGUGGCGUCAUUGAUGUGAGCCACCCUGGCUACAUUGUUGGAAGGCCCAUGAGCAAUGAGCGCGGAGACGGGUACCAGCCUGUGGGCCGAUCACCGUUUUCUCACCACGCAUCAGCGGAGAGCGUCCAGAAGGUUUGCUUUUGCCUGCCAAGGGAAAUCGUAUGCUGCGAAACGCUGUGUACGUACUGCUGUUGUGGCCGGACGGUCUGUUGUUGCGGAGAGCGAGACGGAUCAGGCCAGACAGGAGCGCGAAAGAGGGGUGGGCGACGACUCUUCGUGCGAGCGAUGGCGGAAGUGUGCGGUAGCGGCAAAAACAUCAACUGGCGGUGGUUCGUCCCUUUUCCUGUGAAGCUCGCAACGCCCAAAGCCAUCGUUUGA